UUGCCGCGUUUAGUUGAAUUUCCCCGUUCGGUUCGAGCGCAUUGCGAUCGUCUGCCUUCCUAUGUUUUCACUCGUUCGCGUGAAUUGUGCGUACACCGCAAACUCCGAUCAAACUAUUCAAAGUUAUUGAUACUUUAUUAAUUGUGUUAUUUAUUUGAUGAAUUUUUGACGAAUUAAAUUGCUGUGCGUUCGUGGAGCUAUUCAGAAAUACAAUUUAUUAGAUUCAUUCACGGCCAAUGGACUAUAGACGUACACAGCCGACUGCAAAUAGAUUGAUUUGAAGAUCCAAUGUUGGAUGUCUUUAUCAUGCACUUGGUCCAAUAAACAAAAUAAAUAUGACUGACUUCCAACGAACUCGUAGCAAGGUAUGGUUCCCCAACUUGGACGAUGAUGAUGAAGAUAUCCAUCAUUCGUGGCGCCGACAACCAUCCUCAUCGCCGGAGAGCAGACGUGUGUCAUCUGGUAGCCCCAGUAAUGGUAGUCAUAAAUCGCAGGACUCCGGUUUUUCGGACUCCGAAAGUAGUCCCUUAGGAUCGUCUAAAACUUUACCAAAAGAAAACAAGCAACAUGAAAAAACAAAUGCGUUUACUGAACAAUUGCCAGACGGAGUGUUAUCUGAAGCCUCAGUUCCUAGGCUCUCUUCGCCUUGCGAACCUCAACCACAAUCACCCGAUCACUGUAAUUGUUUUCUACCAGCGUGCGAAUUAUCUAGAAAGUUCCGUUCGUUUGAAUACGUUACUGCCGAUGAAACGUCGCCGUUUAGACUAACUACAAAAAGAUACGAGGAAGAACCACGCACACCAAACCGAACAUGUUUUAUUGUUGAUGAAAUACCAAAAACUAACGCAAUACUACUGUCGACUCCAAGCUCAGUGAAAAGUUUUGAUGGCCAUUUUGAUCAGUCAGAAAACGUUACCGUUGUAGAAAACAUAAAGCAGGACUGCGUCAAAAAUAAUGAGUUAAUAAUCGAUCCACCUACACCGUUUGUCGAUUGUUUUAACAAUGAGGACAUAGUGAGUCUGUGUGAGUCCGACAGACCGGGUACACCUGAGCAUACGUCCACACCGAAAUCGACUAAAAACAGAUGUUGUACGCCUAGAUUACAUUAUAGAAAAGAUUUACAACUAAGAAAACCAAAACAUCUAAAAGAUAGCUUUAACAGAAUUGACCGUGAAAAUGAAGUGCCCGUUGGUCAGUGGUUAAACGAACUAAGGUUUAGAUGUGAACCUGAAUGUAUGACCACUCUACAAUCAAAAUCAAUAGCAACUUCAGAAGAUGCUUGUCGUUUUUCUACAAUGGUUUGCACCGAUUCCGAAGUUGUGCGGGACCUUUAUCAACGUACAAAAGUCAUAUCUGAUGAAUUUAUUCAAGUGUACAAUGUUUUGAACAAAUGUCCAAUUGAUAAUUUUGGACCGUCUGUCCAAACGUUAACUGGUUUGUUGUUGGACUUUGUUUGUGAUCACGAGAGUGAACUACCUGAGCACGGCCAAGGGUUGUGUAUGGACUUAGUCGAUGUUUCCGAAAAACUAAGAAUUCAUGCUAAUCGACGUUUAGGCAACAGAAAGAUUAUUUUAAACGAUGUUUCAGCAUUAGGACAAAUAUUUAGCGAAUUAAUUGACGCUUUAUUAAUGAAGAAAAUACAAUCAUUGGUGAACAUAUUGGAAGAACCAAGCACUGAUGUUGAGCUCGUUAAAACCAUGUCCAGUAUCAAUAGUCUAGGAUUGGAAAGUGUUCAUCUCGGUAGUUUGGUAACGAAGUGCAAUGGUGUCCGAUCGUUAUUAACUGUUUGUAUAGAAGCCGUAUCUAGUACCGUCAGAUCAGCUGCUCUGCGUACACUGGCCAUGGUGUGUUGCUCUUCGGACAGCAUCAGACAAUUCGAAAAGGCCGGAGGCGUAGAGAUAUUAUCGGACAUAUUGGGUAGUAAAAACCGCUCGGAAAAAGAACUUACCGACGCUGUGUCCGUGUUGGCUCAAAUCACCGCUCCUUGGAUCGAAGACAACCACGUCGUCAACGGGCUCAACGAAUACCUGAACACUAUUAUAUCCUCGUUGACGUACCUUGUAGAGACAACGCAGUCAUCGGAAACGUUGUUGCUAUCGUCCGCUGCGCUGGCCAACAUCACGUUUAUGGAACCUAACGCGAUAUGGACCAUAUUGAACAUGGGAACAGCAGGCUCACUGAUAGAAGCGGUCCGGAAAAACGGCACCAAGUCGUCGGUGUUUUUGCAGGAGCAAACAGCUACGCUUUUGGCUAACAUGGCAGCAGUUCCUGAAGCCAGACCACACAUGGCGGCCAACCACGCGGUGAUCGCUUUGUUGUGUUUCUUGCAAGUUCGGCACUCCCCAUUACAACGUGUUCCUGAAAUAUUGGCAGCUGAAAGGCUACAGCACAAGACUGCCAUUGCCUUGUCCAGACUGUGCAGCGAUGUAGAAGUGUCGAAACAAUUCGUGGAACUUGAAGGCGUUAACCGUUUGAUAAGGUUGUGCAAAGACGAACGAGAACGAAAUCACAGUGACGGUGUUCUAGUGGCGUGCUUAGCCUCGCUACGGAAAAUCGCAGCAAAUUGUGGCAAAGAAAUAAUGAACCAAUACGACGCCGCCGAACUGAUUGAACCGAGACUGUUGGAUUCAUUCCUUUUGUAUUCAUCAAAACAAGAGAGUUACGUUUAGAUUUUUUAAUUUUUGACGAAAAAAUCAAAUUUUCUCGUAUCAUACUAUUAUACUAGGCGUAAAAAUAUGUACCUACUUAAUUUAUUUAUACAAUUAUACCUACGUAUAGGCUAUUGCUAUAAUGCAAUGUGUAUAAUGUGCUACUCUAUAAUGUGCUUGUAGGUACAUUAAUCCUCUAUAGGGUAGGUACUCUCUACCGAAUGUGAAUGAAAAUUUGUUCAACGUAAUUUUCGUAAUAAUAGAAUACAAACCAUUUGAAUAUGGUGGAUAUUAAAUCAUUAUGAUAUAUAGGUACCUGUGUACCUAUAGUACUCUAUCUAGUCCGAAUCAUGACAAGUGCCAACGUAGAUGAUAAUAAUAUUUGGAAGGUACUAUAGCAUAAUAUAUUUUUAAUUAUGUCCAUAUAGUUCUUUAACUAGUACAAUAUAAUAUUAUUAUGUAUUUUAUUUUUUUUAUUAUGGUAUGCUUGUGUUUUUAUUAUAAUGUAAACUUAAUUAUAAGUUAAUUAAAUUGCAUUUGGAUAACAAAUACGGCGUAAUCGUCAUUUUUUUUUUUUUAUAUUCAUAUUAAAUAUUUAUUUAUAUUAUAAUAUUAUAGAACAUACCUAUUUAAGUAUAAGUACUUAUCGUUUGUAAAAAAAAACCCUAAUGGAAUGCACCCAAGGGUUAUUCUCACUCUAUUAUACCAUUGUUAAUGAUUAUUUUUGUGUUCUAUAAUAGAUUUAUUAAAAAUAUAUAUAUAUAUUUAUAAUAGGUAUAUCAGUAUAUGACGAAUUGCAAAAUAAACAUAUAGUAUAUUAUGUAUGUUAUAUGAAUGCAUAUUUAUUAUAUAUUAAUGUUACCUGUAAUUA